CGUUUGGUUGAGAGUUUCAAAAUUGAAGUCCACGGGGUCAGCUUUCUAAAACACCGACAUGAGGAACAGGAACACUCCAAACAACACUGUCAACAGGAACAGGCGUUGAGGAGACCGUCCUACCAUCAGAGAAGGGUCUCCCUGCAUCACAGGAAAGGCUGCUACAAAGUCAAAGUUUGCUCCAAGUUUGGAAGAGCAAGGCACGGACAGCGUGGGAACUGGAGUGUUUCCUACGCUGUUUCGCAAAGGGGGUACUGCGGUUUUUUGUGGUUUGACUUUCUUUGGCAUAGCUUGAAGCAGAGAAGUGAUCGCUGGGUGAAGGAGGAGAGACCAGUGCACAAGGUCAAUCUAGGAUACUGGUUUACCCGAUAGACGCCACAAACCGAUAGCCUGUGCGUGGCAGGGGAUGUAUUUGAGAGUGAGAGAAGAAACUAAUGGUGUAAAGAGAAGGAGCAGAAAAGCCUUGAGACUGGUUAGUGGUCCUAUCUAAGCACUGCUUUGACCAAACCACCGAUCGUCUAUAAGUGGGUCCCUUCCUAUCGACACGAGUGAACCUUAUUGCUGCCCUUUAAAAGAACCCAUCAAACCAAAGGUUAGGGUUGAAUCAGCCUGAGGCUUAGCGACGACAGAGCAACCUAUUGCGGCAUGUGGGCUCCUCUGAACUAAGAUUUCUCACACACGAGGUGUUAAACAUCUGAAAGAUCUCAUAGCUGGGCAGUCAACGGCGUUCACAGAGGGAGGGAGGGGUCGCUUCACACAAUGGGAGCAAACGAGAACCUGUCCCCCAAAGUGAUGCGGGAGCUGGCAAAAGAGAUCAAGUCGCUGGACGCAGAGCCCCCGGAAGGGAUUCGGAUCAUCGUGAAUGAGGACAACUUUGCUAACGUCCAGGCAGAAAUCGAUGGGCCAGCUGGCACGCCGUACGAGGGCGGCGUGUUCCGGAUGAAGCUGGUCCUGAGCUCCGACUUCCCCCAGGUUCCCCCCAAGGGCUACUUCCUCACGAAAAUCUUCCACCCCAACAUUGCAAAGAGCGGCGAGAUCUGCGUCAACACGCUCAAAAAGGACUGGAAGCCCACUCUCGGCAUCCGACACGUCCUGCUCGUGAUCCGCUGCCUCCUCAUCGAGCCGUUCCCGGAAUCCGCUCUGAACGAGGAGGCCGGAAAGAUGCUGAUGGAGGAUUACGAGGGCUACUCGCGGCACGCGCAAUUGCUGACCAGCAUCCACGCACUCAAGCCGAGGGCGGGGCCAACGAAAUCCGCCACGGAGGGGGGCAAGGACGGGCAGGCGACGACCCCCCUGUCGACGGAUACGGCGAACACGGACGCGGGCGCGCCGGCGGAGGGGGUCGCUCAUGGUGCACCCACGGCUGCGGAUCCGAACACAGUUCUCUCGUCUCCCUCAGCCAAGAAGCCAAAAGGCGAGACGGUCACGAAACUAGCGGACAAGAAAAAGGUUGUGGAUAGGAAAAGGGCAUUAAAGCGGCUGUGAGCGCCGCGUGUUUGAAAGGGCUUCGUUCUGAGUGUGUACAGAAUACAGGUCGCUGGCGUCCGGGAUUUUUACUAGAGUUUUGCAUAACAUUCUUUUGAUACUAAACGCAUCACGAAAUGGUAGGUCAUAGAUACUUGCACGGAGUCGGUAAAACACUGAGGGGUCGUGUAUCAGCGUAUGCAAGGGACUAGGCUCGUCAAAUCCAUUCUGCAAAAAUGUACGGUGAGGUCCGUUUCAUUCGUUGACAAACUUGAGGAGCGCACUCGCCUUGGAUUCAAAGCCUAGAAUCAUCUUUCAA